AUGCCCUCCCGUCCCGGAUCUGGUUCCGAGAGCGGGGCCCCGAGCAGCGAUGGCCCGGCGGACGUGCGGCCGGAGGUGGCACAGAAUGGGCACGUUACACGGAAAAAGGCGUGGGCCAGCCGAGCCCGGACAGGGUGCAAGACGUGUCGUGCCCACAAGCCCGUCGUCGUCGACGUUGACCCUCCGUACUGGGACUACAUGCAAGCCGUUCGAUUCUACUACAGUUGCGUGCGCGAAUUCCGGCCGAGGCAGUUUGGGGUCGUCCAUUCACCUGCCUUUAACGACGACACGCACCCAGCCAACUUUGUCGGGCGGCAACUGGCCCAUUACAUCAAGCUCCAGUCUCUGAAGCGCGGUACGCUUCUGCAGCCGGGCCAGGUGGCUGGCUUCUCUGCGCUGUGGUCGAGCUACGCCAACAACAUGCUGGAGCUGAUUGAGCUCAUCAACUUCUUCAUCCGCGGUGGGAGGUUGGGGGGCCGCAACUACAUCUACUCGUGCUUAUUCACGCUGAUGCGGCUGGACCUCCCUGCACACUGGUCACUAUGGCAUGCGCAUAUUCGAGGCAGCAUCGCAUAUGUCAAUUCCCUCGGCGGCGCGACGGCCAUGCUAGAGUCGGGGAGGUGGUAUGGGCCGCCCCUGGGCUUCACCCGCCUGUUAUCAGAAGCCAUCAUGUUUAGUACGACAACGCCGGCAAGGAUGCUCAUCACCGACUACAAUCACUUCGCCGACCAGGAAAUGCGCGCCAUUUUGCUCGGCGAGCAUGACUGCGACUUACCUGCUCCGUUGGACCUACGGAUGGCCAUUUUCCACAUCAACCGGCUGCGCCACAAAGCCACCAUCAAACCGCCAAUAGUCGCCCUGACGGCUCUAGUACAUCGUCAGCUGGACGAGAUUGAAGCCGCCGACGUUGACGACUGGUCUGCCCAGAACCCGUCGGGCAAGACGGAGUGGGAGGACUGCUUCUCGGAGCCUGUUCCUUGUUGA